AUGUCGUCCUACGGCUGCUUCUAUCGCCACCUGAGAGAGAAUCGCUUUGUGACGAGCUACCUCCCUCAGGUGGGGCUCGAUAUCCAUGCGCAUGUACUCUCUAGCAACACUCGAACGACCAUCACCCAAACCUAUAUUAAUCCAUCUAACACGGAAUCCAUCCCAGAGCUUUUCUAUUCCUUCCCCCUCUAUGAUGGCGCCAGCAUCGUUGGGUUCACCUGUCGCGUUGGCAAUGAAGUGAUCCGUGGACAAGUCAAACCGAAAAGGAAGGCCGAGGAGGUCUAUCAGGAAGCCAAGUCGAAGGGACAAACCGCUGCAAUUUUCGAUCAAUCCUCCGAUGCAGCCGAUGUCUUCAAAACUCGCCUAGGAAAUGUCCCUGCUGGAGAGGUGGUUCACAUCGAUAUCAUCCUAGUUCAGGAAUCCAAGCAAGAUGUCCAGACCGAUGGAAUUCGAUACACAGUCCCGAUUACGAUCGCCCCACGAUACGGUACUCGGAAUGACGACCAGAGACCUAGCGCGCCCGAGGGUAUUACUGUCAAGACGGCGAUUAAAGUUGAUGUGGUUACGGAAAGUGACUCUAAUAUUCGCAAUAUUCGGUCGCCAACUCAUCCUAUCGAGGUAAGUAUCGGCCGGAUAUCGACCAUGCCAGAAACUACUUCCAAAUCGUGCUAUGCCUCUGUCAAACUCCAGGAGAAUGUGGUAAUCCAAGAGGAUUUUGUUCUGACAGUCACGUCAAGUCAGCAAGAUCUUCCCUCUGCUUUUCUGGAGACACACCCGGUGCUGCCAAAUCAGCGAGCAUUGAUGGUCUCUCUGAUUCCGAAAUUUGGCUUGCCCCAGAGUGCUUCUGAGAUUAUCUUUGUGAUUGACCGCAGUGGCAGUAUGGUGGACAAAAUUCGAACCCUCCGAUUGGCGCUCGAAGUGUUCCUCAAGUCCCUCCCCAUUGGUAUCCAUUUCAAUAUCGUGUCAUUUGGGAGCGGGAGCACUUCGCUGUGGCCGCGAAGCAAAAUCUGUGAUCGGGAAAACUUGGAGGAAGCUCUGAAAUACACAAAGAAAAUCAAAGCCGAUAUGGGUGGGACUGAGAUCUUGAAUGCCCUCCGGACUGCCGUGGCCAACCGUUACCAGGACAAGGUCCCCGAAGUCCUCCUUCUGACAGACGGGGAAGUUUGGAACCAGAACGAUGUUUUUGAUUUUGUGGGAAAGGCCGUGAAGGAAAGUUCGGCACGUUUUUUCACAUUAGGUAUUGGAAAUGGUGUUUCCCAUUCGCUUAUCGGUGGAAUUUCUCGAGCGGGCAUGGGCUUCUCCCAGUCGGUCCAGAACUAUGAAGAGCUAAACAAAACAGUUGUGCGAAUGCUAAAGGGUGCAUUGAUGGCGCGCGUGACCGAUGCCACCUUGAACAUGAACUUACCAGAUCUUGAAGGCGAAGACUUUAUGGUGGUCGAACCGACUGGAGAACACCUUAAGGACGAUCUGGCAGAAGGAACUAACAAGCCGAUCAAUUUAUUUGACGACAAAUACGAAGAAUCUGACAAGGUUGAAGAUGUGCACCUACCUCUUCCAAAAUUCACUACUCCGAGUAUCAUUCAAGCACCUGUUGAUUUACCUACACUUUUCCCAUUCAUUCGAUCCACGGUCUAUAUUCUCUUCUCUGGUGACAUCCCUUCCUUUCCAAAGACAAUCAGACUCAGUGCAAAAAGCGACCAUGGUCCAUUGGAACUAGAUAUUCCGGUCCAAGACAUUGGAAACGGCGAAACCAUUCACCAGCUGGCAGCCAAAAGGGCGAUGGGCGAACUUGAGGAAGGACAUGGUUGGAUCCAUGCUACCAAGGAUGUUGACGGGGCUCUGGUCACAAGCAAAUGGGAAAGCCGGGUCGAGGAGCUGGUUCAAAAUGAAUGUGAGAGACUUGGGGUGCGCUUCCAAAUUGCGGGAAAGCACUGCUCCUUUGUCGCAGUCCAGGACCCCCAUCAUUCCGAGGACAAAAGUGUAGGUCGGGUCUCCUCUGGGGCCCUAGCAGGGAUGAGGAUUCAAAACUGGAUAACAGUCUUGAAAUUUCGGACUUCGAUAUGUGCGAUGCAGAAAGGCCUCUUGCUGCCAGCGCUCCGCCUGUCUUUGCCGCUUUGUCACCCGCAUAUUGCCCCGAAGGUGAAUCAGAUCAAAACAUGGGGUUUGCUCUUUUUGAUGGAUCAAGUGAACAAGAGAUCGUGA